AAUUCAGGAGGUUAUGUCAAACGAAUUCGUGAUGAAGAUAUUGAAGUUGAUGAGCAAUUGGAUCAGCUUUUAACUGGACAUGGCGAAACAUCCCGUUCUAAUCCAAAGAAGCAAAAGGUUUCUGAAGAUCAUCCAAGCAAACCAACUGACACUCUGACAAAAGCUAGUUUGGAUGAUUCUGGCAAAGAAAAUGCACGUGCGGGUGGAAAGCAUAAUUCUUUAGUGAGGAUUUCUGUCACUAAGAAACCAAUGACCUUUGACGGUAAAAGUCCUGCACAGCCUGAACAAAUGAAAGUGGAAGAUAAUAAAACAAAUAUUGCCGGUGGACUACAAUCUUUGUGUCAAAAUUAUGGAAGUGAUGAUGAAGAUUAG